UUAGCGGAGGAGGGGCGUCAAAGAGAGAAGGGUGUGUCCCCCAAAAGAGAGAGAGAGAGAGAGAGAGGCAGUGGCGGCUCUACAUUUUGAGGACAAAGCGUCACCGCCACUUUGCGCUACGGUGCGCACUUUAGGAGACCUCUUGCUUUGCACUCUGCGCUUUUUUUUUUCUUCCCCCCCCCACAUGAGGACUUUUGACGCGGUUCUGCAUGCGCGCUCAUCAACUGCAGUAAUCGCAUAAGUUGGCCACGUGCCGGCAUUUCUCGGCUGCAGCCAGUCCAAACGCCGCAUUGUGUCGAUUCUGUCCGUGUGAACUUUGAACUUUGCCCAGUGAGUUGUUCGCAUUCACGUCUCUUUAUCAUCGGCGGCCAAAGUGUUUGGGACGUUUGCCGCCGCGCGCGUUGACCCAUAUCUUUGUUUUUCAGAGCCGCUGCGCCGCCUCGAUCCGAACCGCCGAGUCGUCGGGCGCUUUGCACCGCAAACGUCCACCAUGACCUCCGCAAACUCCCCCAGAGACAAGUACAAUGCGGUGUGGCUCAUAUUCUUCAUCCUGGGCUUGGGAACCCUCCUGCCGUGGAACUUCUUCAUGACCGCCACCAUGUACUUCACCAGCCGGCUGAAGGAUCCGCCGAGCGAGCGCUCGGUCAACGGGACGGCCAACGGCACGCUGGACGGCGGCGGCGACGGCCGCAACGUCUUGGAGUCCAAGUUCAACAACGUGAUGACCUUGUGCGCCAUGGUGCCCUUGCUCAUCUUUACCUGCCUCAACUCCUUCAUCCACCAGAGGAUCCCUCAGAAGCUGCGCAUCUCGGGCAGCCUGGCGGUCAUCCUGGUGGUGUUCCUGCUGACCGCCUUGCUGGUGAAGGUGGAGGUGGCCCCGCUGGCCUUCUUCACCCUCACCAUGAUCAAGAUCAUCUUCAUCAACUCGUUCGGGGCGGUUCUGCAGGGCAGCCUGUUCGGACUGGCGGGGAUCCUGCCCGCCUCCUACACCACGCCCAUCAUGAGCGGCCAGGGCCUCGCCGGGACCUUUGCCGCCUUCUCCAUGAUCUGCGCCCUGGCCUCCGGCUCGGCCCUGCGGGACAGCGCCUUCGGCUACUUCAUCGCGGCCUGCUUCGUUAUUCUCAUCGCCAUCGUCUCCUACCUCAUUCUGCCCAGGAUGGAGUUUUUCCGUUACUACGUGGAGAGCAACGAAUCCAGGUCGGCCGACGACCAGGAAAACAGGAUGGACCUUCUCAAACAAGAAAAUGCCGAGAGGAUUCCCGUGGCCGCUCCGACGGAAGACCGCGGCGCAGCGGGCGUGUCUGUGCUCCAAAUAUUCCGCAAGAUCUGGGUGACGGCUCUGUCCGUGUGCUUCAUCUUCACCGUCACCAUCGGGACCUUCCCGGCCAUCACCGUGGAGGUCAAGUCCACCUUGACCCACCUGGGGAGUUGGGAUACAUAUUUCAUCCCCGUGUCGUGUUUCCUCCUCUUCAACGUGAUGGACUGGGCCGGCCGCAGCCUGACGGCCGUCUGCAUGUGGCCCGGCAAGGACAGCCGUUGGCUGCCCGCUCUGGUGGCGGCGCGGCUGGCGUUUGUGCCGCUCUUCAUGCUGUGUAAUGUGCAGCCCCGCCGCCACCUGCCCGUGCUCUUCUCGCACGACGCCUGGUACGUCGUCUUCAUGAUCGUCUUCGCCUUCUCCAACGGCUACCUGGCCAGCCUCUGCAUGUGCUUGGGACCCAAGAAGGUGUCGCAGCACGAGGCGGAGACGGCGGGGGCCGUCAUGGCCUUCUUUCUGUCCCUGGGCCUGGCGCUGGGGGCCGCCAUCUCCUUUGCCUUCCGCGCCAUCAUCUAAAAUGGCCGCCGCCACCACCACGGACUGAAAACGGAGCACGCGUACUACCGCGCGCUCUAAUCUUGGGUGAACGUCUCUGUGGAGAGAGAGAGAGAGAGCCCCACCGUGGCAACCGCAUAAGCGUUACAAAAAAAAAAGCCUGACACCAUUGAGCUGACUGGUAGGUAACAUUUUUUCUAAUUGGGACUGGUGUGGGAAGGGCUUCUUUUAGAACUUAGUUGACGCGUUUUUAUGAACGAGGCUCUUUUCAGAUGAGGUCAGCUUUCCCAUAUCUUCGGGUUUUCGAUUUGUUUGCACCGGAACUUGUCCAAAGAUAUCAAUUAAGGCCACACCCAAGAGAAUCUAAAUAUUUGUCAGCCUGACAGUAAAAUAAAAAGUUCAAUUGCAUGAGAAUGAAGUAGUCAGCUGUUAUGGGAAUGAAUUGGUCAUAUUCUGAGGGGGGGGAAAAAAUCUGUUGAAUUCUGAGAUGUUGUAUUACGAGCAACAUGGAUUCCCAUAAAAUGACAGCUAUGUUGUGUGGAAAAAAACUAGCAGUAAUUCUUCAAUUAUGAUCUGAUUGUGUACAUAUUUUUUUUUAAUAUUUAUAUACAAUUUGAGCAAAGCAGAUGCUUCUCCCUGUUUUAGCGUGCGUGCUAAUUCUCCGUACUUUGACAGAAGAAACUUGUGAAGUGGUGAAAGGACUUGUUUGUCCUAAAUUUAGUGUGCGGGUCGGGCGGGGGGUGUUUCAUUUGAUCACAAAUGUGUUCAUGCACUUGAGCUAUUUUCUCUGAAGAUUCUUGUAGUACCGUAUUACACAAAGCUAGCUUGACAACUGCGGUGUCAAAAUGGAACAUAGUUUAGUCUUUGAGACUGGCUUGUAUUCCAAUUUUUUUUUCACGAAUCUGUAUAAUCCUUGUAAGAUGCUAUUUUCUAAGAAACUUGUACAGUGACAGCGAAGGUUUUAAUUUUGGAAGACUAGUUUUAUCAUUAAACCUUUACAAAGUUUUACUUUUUUGUUGUUUUUUAAACAUUUUGUCACCAAAUUAGGUGUUACCCCCUAUUAAUACUUUUGGAGAAGCUUAUAACCCAAUUAAAAGAAUUGGAACAUUACACGAAAGUUGUAAACUAAACAUUUUAGCUCUACAGUGAAACUCCUCUACAACAAAAUCAUGUUUGCAACAAGACAUUUUUCACAACGGGCGACUUUUCACUGUAGCAAAUUUGAUCUCAGACGUAAACACGAACACACACAAAAAACAUAUACGUGUCCUUUUUUUAUUCCAAAAGUAUGUGCAUAUACUUAUUUGACACUUCAGAUAGCCGGCGUAGACAGAAAAAAAGGGAAAGAAAUGCCGUCAAUCUCGUUGUGAGGCAAGAGCGGAGAAAAAGAUUUUGUAUAACGGGACAGGGGGACCUUUUGUUGUCGGGGGAGCAGAAAAGCUGGAAUGGCUUUCAUGCACAAAGUUUUUGUCACACAGAGGGUAUUUUCGCCCAUGUAGACGAGUUUGUUGUAGAGGACUUCCACUGUAUAGUAAAAAAGAUGGACUUUUCAUGUACUGCAAUGAUUUUAUUUAUUUCUUGCUGGAAAAUGUGAUUUAAAUUUUCAAUGUUAAUGAAAAACAUUUUCAAUGGACUUCCCCCUCCCGAGUAAGCAAAACUUUUUUCCUUUCCAACUAUGAACUGAACAAAAGGCAUUAUUUACACCUUACAAUAUCUAUAAAAUAGCCGUGCGGUAGAAAGCAAAUAUUUCCUUUUUUUUUUUAAAUAAUGACUGGUCCGAGUCAUGACGUGAAGCAUGUUCUUGUAAAAUGGACGUUUCAUAUUUGUCCUCAAAUGUCAAAAUAAAACUGAAUCCGCUCCAUA